AUGUCGUUGGUAUCUGGCCCAGGUAGGGCGGGAGGUAGUCCAUCGGACCAGGAAUUACAUACCUUGAAGCAUGUGGCUUACAUCCAGAACCUGGACACUGUGCGUGCGCCUUCUCGUGAUGAUGAGCUGGAAUAUUGGCUGACCGAGCACCUGCGACUCAACGGGGUCUACUGGGGCUUGACAGCGCUCUAUAUUCUUGGUCACCCGGAUGCCUUGCCGCGGGCUGAGACUAUUGAAUUUGUCCUCUCCUGCCAACAUGACAAUGGCGGGUUUGGUGCGGCUCCCGGCCAUGAUGCCCAUAUGCUCUACACCGUGUCUGCCGUGCAGGUCCUCGUCACCGUCGAUGCGGUGGACGAGCUGGACAAGCGCGGUCGAGGAGGCAAGCAGAAAGUCGGGUCCUUCAUUGCCAGCCUGCAGGACCGGGAAACCGGCUGCUUCAUGGGAGAUGAAUGGGGUGAGUCAGAUACUCGCUUCCUCUAUGGUGCUCUCAAUGCCCUGUCGCUCCUGGGUCUCAUGGACCUCGUCGACGUGCCCAAGGCCGUCGAGUACAUCCAAAGCUGUGAAAAUUUUGACGGGGCCUAUGGCAUUCGCCCGGGAACUGAAUCUCACUCGGGCCAGGUGUUCACCUGCGUCGCAGCUUUGGCCAUCGCCGGGCGCUUGGACUUGGUGAACAAAGAUCGAUUGGGGGCCUGGCUCAGUGAACGUCAACUCGAGGACGGUGGCUUGAACGGUCGUCCCGAGAAACUGGUAGAUGCAUGCUACACUUGGUGGGUUGGAUCCAGUCUCGCCAUGAUCGAUCGGCUUCAUUGGAUCGACGGCAGGAAGCUUGCCGCCUUUGUGUUGCAGUGCCAGCUGGGGGCUUUGCAGAUCGACCGGGAAACAUGGUAG